AUGCUUCUGCAGUUCCAGACAACUGUGCUUCCUCUCAGCUACAUGCUGAGGACUGAGGAGUCCCAUUUGAGUAAGAAAACGUGCCUGCACAUUCAUGGCGUGUUCCCGUACAUCUAUGUGCCAUUUGAUGGCGAAUUGGACCCCAAUCAGCAAAUGUACCAACUGGCAGCAAGUCUUGACAAAGCUCUGAAUAUAGCUUUGGGCACAGCCAACUCAGCUCGUCAGCACAUUUACAAAGUAGUCCACGUGAAAGGAGUGCCAUUCUACGGUUACCACGAAAAAAGCCACCAGUUCUUGAAAAUCUAUUUCUAUAAUCCUUUGAUUGUAAAAAAAGCUACCGAUCUAUUACAGAAUGGGGCCGUGUGCAAUAAAAUAUUUCAAUGUCAUGAAGCUCAUUUGCCCUUCAUACUACAGUUUUUCAUCGACUAUAAUCUACUUGGAAUGAGCUUCAUUCAACUGUCAUCCGUAGAUAUUAGAAAGGAACCUGGAUCCAUGCAUUCUAAUCUAGAAUGCGAUGUAAGGCUGGCAAAAACUACUCACUGUGAAUUGGAAGUCGAUGGUCUCGCUAGCCAUAUUUUGAAUCGGAAAACAGUCUCAGGUGAGUAA